CACUGGCAAACGGAAGUGACAAACGGUGCUGUUUGUGACCAUGCGUGUUUUAGUCUAAUGUUUACUCUUCUGAACGCGCUUUUUAAAGGAAUACAUAUGUACGGUUUGUAAUUUAAAAUGGACUACAUUUUAAUUAGGAGUUUAAUACUUAAAACUAGUAUUUGACAUGCUUACUUACAAUAUGGCAGGAUUGUGAGUCGCGGAAUUUAUGACAGAGGUCCACAAUAAAAUAAUAAUGGACAGUGGGAAUAUCAUCACGGACUUGUUUAACAGGGGAAGGCCAGUCAGAGUAUGUGCGCCCAUGGUGCGUUACUCAAAGUUAGCUUUCAGAUGUUUAGUCAGGAAAUAUGACUGUGAUUUAUGUUUCACCCCAAUGAUCAUUGCAGCUGAUUUCAUGCGCUCUGCAAAAGCCAGAGACAGUGAAUUCACCACCAAUAAGACUGACCGACCCUUAAUUGUCCAGUUUGCUGCGAAGGACGCACAGACGCUGGCAGAUGCUGCAUGUGUGGUUUCUCCUUUCUCAGAUGGGGUGGAUUUGAACUGUGGCUGUCCACAAAGGUGGGCCGUGUCUGAAGGCUACGGUGCGUGUCUGAUUAACAAACCUGAGCUUGUGAAAGACAUGGUUAGGCAUGUCCGAAACCAAAUAGACAAUCCCAACUAUGCAGUAUCCAUUAAAAUAAGAAUACACAAAGAUGUCAGGAAGACAGUGGAUCUCUGUCAGAAGGUGGAGGCAGCAGGCGUCUCAUGGAUUACAGUUCACGGGCGUACAUCCGACGAGAGGCACCAGCCUGUUCAUUAUGAUGCCAUCAAGACCAUCAAGGAUAGCCUUUCCAUCCCAGUCAUCGCUAAUGGUGACAUCAAGAGCUUGCAGGAUGUGGAGGCCACCUACGCCCUCACAGGGGUGGAUGGUGUCUGAAAUAAAAUGACGUUGCAGUGGACUGCGGUCGCUUCCUUCCUGUACGUGGAAAUUGGUGUUCUUGUCAUCUUCUGUCUACCUUUCGUCUCUCCGCAAAGAUGGCAGAGGAUUUUCAAAUGGAGCAUCUGGAACCGUCUUUCCCAGUUCUGGAACAAGGGCUUUCUCACCAUGAUAGUAAUCCUCAUUGUUCUCUUUCUUGACGCCCUGCGUGAGGUGAGGAAGUACUCGAACGCUGACCAGACCAAAGAUGCCAAACUGCACCCCAACAUGUUUGACCACAUGCACAUGAAGCUCUUCCGAGCCCAGAGGAACCUCUACAUCUCUGGCUUCUCGCUCUUCCUGUGGCUUGUCAUGAGGAGAGUCAUCACUCUGAUUAACCAGUUGGCCGUGGCCCUCGGCACCAGUGCUGCUCUGCAGACUCAGGCUGAAAGCGCCAACAAAGCUGCCAAGAAAUACAUGGAGGACAAUGAGAUGCUCAAACAGGCACUGGUGGAUCCUAAAGGAGAAGGAGGGAAGAAACAAGAUACAGAAGAGAACAAACUCCUGAAGAAAGAGGUGCAGAGACUGACAGAGGAGCUUCAGAGCAGAACAGAUGCUCUGAAAAAGUCCAAGUCGGAUUUAGAUGCCAUGAAGAAACAAACUGAAGGACUAACCAAAGAAUACGACCGUCUCCUUCAAGAGCACCAGGAGCUUCAGAAUCAGCCGGACAAUGGAGACAAAAAGGAUAACUAGGCAAGUUGACACAAAGGAAACCUGUAUGAUAAUCACUCACCUGGUAGCAUGACAUCACAUCCUGUCAGGUUACCUGCUCACCACACAUUUGUAGUAGCGGUUUGGCUUUGAUACACAUCUCUAUUGUUUUGAUGUUCUGGCUGAUGCGGGGCAGUGCUGUUUUUUAAGAUCGUCUCCAAAAAACUGUAUCCGCACACUCGUUUUAUUGAGGUUAUUUAGUGAAUAAGCCAUAUUAGACUGAUGUUUGCAUGUUGAAAUGCUUUACCUCAUGUUGCUUUCAUUCUCCUCUGCUUGAUUCUCUCCCUCGUUUCAUUUGAAAGUGCAUAUUGAUCCAGGCUGUCGUGCAACAUCCAGAAACUUCCCACAAACAAACUUGCAAACAUGA